AUGUCAAAUGCUGCAUUACCAAAAACCAAAGUUCUAAUUACUGGUGCAACUGGAUUAUUAGGAAGAGCAUUAAUGAAAGUAUUUACACAACCACCAUUAGAACAUAUAAAAUUAGUUGGAUUAGGAUGGAGUAGAUAUGAAAAAUAUGUAAAUCAAUUUCCAAAUGAAUUAAGAAAAUUAGAUAUUACCAAUGAUUCUGAAUUGAGUGAAUUUGUUAAUGAUUUCAAACCAAACGUUAUCAUUCAUGCAGCAGCUGAAAGAAGACCAGAUCAAUGUGAAGGUGAUAAAGAGAAAACUCAAAAACUAAAUGUUGGUACCACUGAAAAAUUGAUUGAAUUAUCUAAAUCUGUUAAUGCAACUCUAUUUUACAUUAGUUCAGAUUAUGUUUUCGAUGGUGAAAACCCACCAUAUGAUAUUGAUGCCAAAACCAACCCAUUAUCAUUUUAUGGUAAAACCAAAGAAGAAUCUGAGCAAUUAAUUAUCAAAGCAUCCAAAGAAUCUGAUUCAUUCAAGUAUAUCAUACUUAGAGUACCAGUAUUGUAUGGUUAUGUUGAAAAUUUAAAAGAAUGUGCAGUUACAGCAGUCGCAGAACAAGUUAUCAAAGCAAGAGAUGCAAAUCAACCAAUCGAAAUUGAUAAUUGGCAAAUUAGAUAUCCAACUUGUGUUGAAGAUGUUGCACGUGUUUGCUAUGAAUUAAUGAUUUCAAAACAAUACAAUAGUAUUUAUCAUUUUUCAGGUCAACAAAUGAAAACCAAAUAUGAUAUGGCAAUCGAUAUGGCAAAUGUAUUGGGAAUCACUAAUCCACAAUCAAUCAUCAAACCUAUCAAUGAAAAAUUACCUGGUGCACCACGUCCCCAUAAUGCAUGUUUAAAUAUAUUUCAUACUGUUGAUACAAUUAAAAAGAAUUUAAAUAAUCCAACAAUUCAUUUAUCAAUUUUUGAAGUUCAAUUACCUUUAAUUUUUAAAGAUUUAAAAUUAAUUUAA